GCACGCGUUUGCUCGGGUUGCCUAGGUGUUUGAUUCAAAUGUUGCUAGGAAACGACGCAACCGAACCAACAGCGAACAUUCACGUUUUCUUGAACGCAACAUGUAAAUCACAAUUUUUUCACUAGAGGCUACGCAUCUUUAGAAAAAGGUACAGAAGAAGUUCUCAGCAGUAUAUUCAGGCUGUUGAAUACUGUGUUCAUUUUCUGAAGGUCUCAGAGGAGUAAUUAUGAAUGCCGGUGACUUUGUAAUCAUCCCAGGCAACAAACCUGGAGUGUCUACUAAACUGAAAUCAAGAAACUUAAAGGAGCUGAGGUUAGAGACUGUGCAGUUGGAGCUGGACAAUCAGGAGAUGGAGCAGAGACUGCUUCAGCUGCGACAUAGCAUGAGCAGAGAAAAACAGGAAAGAGAACGAUCUGGUGGAUAUCACUGGAAAUCUGGUCAAGCAGGAACUUUAAACAAUCCUGUAAAUGUUCUACAAAGUAAAGACAGCUCUAUUGAAAAGGUUUCCUCUGGAAAAGUUAAGAUAAAAACACUUAAAGGACAACCAGAAGUGCUGCCAAAACAGUCAUCAGUCUCAGCCACAUUUGUUUCUAAUAGCAGAAAACCUAAACCAAAACCAAAAGGAAAGCCAUGUGGACAGUGUGAAGUAAAAGGUACUGCGGUGGUAUGUUUGGAGUGUGGAGAGGAUUACUGUGCUAGCUGCUUUGCACAAAUUCAUCAGAAGGGGGCACUAAAACUCCAUAGAACAGUUCCUUUUUCGGGAGAAGCAAGACCUGUUUUUGGCUCAUUAGAAGUUGUUAAACGUUUCAAACAACAAGUGAAUUUAGAAACAGAAUCUAAUUGCAAGGAUGCAGAAGCUGGAGAGAAAACAUUUGGAAAAACAUCUGGAUCUCACUUAAAGGCCCCUGCUGAUAUUAAUAUCAUCAGUCAUGAUAAUUAUACCAAGUUUAAACCAUCUGUGCCACAAAAUGAAAAGUGUGGGUCACUGCUGCAUGGGACAUUUGAUGAGGAGGAAUCUUCCAAAUCAUUUCAAAAAGUUCUAGAAGAAUGGAGAACUAGAGAUCAUAAAGCUGAAUGGAGACAUUAUGAAGCUGAGCCAGUAUCUGUAGGAAUUUCUGUAGUACAGACUAAUAUGUCAUCUUUGAAAGAACCAGUUGAAAUCCAUUUUAGAGAACAUGGUUUGAACUACAUGGAAAAGUUAUUACUCAAGAAGCACAGAAGAACACCUUUGGAUCCAAUUCCUACUCCACGGUUGAAUAAUCCGGUAUCAUCAUUUUCUCCAUAUGCUUCACCUGAUACUGCGGAUUUUGAAGACCCCGAACUUACAGCUGAAGAGAUGGAAGAACAUGAACGUUGCACUGCACUGUUUGCUGUAGAUGACUCCACCUAUAAAGACAGGUUAUCAGAACCUUCUGUGAAGAUUACUGAAUUGGAUGAAACAGGUGACUGGGGAUCUGAAGAAUUAACUAGUUGUAUAGUGGAAGAGGUUGAUUCUAGUGACUCAGAAACUGAACAGAGAUUUACACCUGGGCAACACAGCAUAACAGUUAGCUCAGCAAAAAAGUCAAAUGCAUUGCCUGUGCUAGCCUCCAAAAAGCAUAGACAGUUUCCACUUCGGUCUACCUUUGUUGUGAAUGUGGAAGGCUCUGUGGAGGUUUCUUCUCAUCCUACAAGAACUUUGCAUAAUGAACAGCAGAUUCUUAAGGAAAGAUGUUCCCCCAUAGAGACCAAGCUUUUGCUGGAAUCACAGUUACAUACCCCAAGAAGGCAAAACAGUCGUCCUAAAAUAUGUUUAGAUCAACAUAAAAGUAUAGCAGAGGAAAGAAAUUUUUCUUGUUUUCCAGCUGAAAGAAGAGCAGCUGUGUUAAGUACAAAAUGUAAAAAUGACUUUCAGAGCACAGAGUCAUCAGAAAGCAUGCAAAGGUCUGUGGAUUCGUUCCAUUCACAAGACAGUGCCAGUAUGGGUCUAACUAUGAAGGCAUCCACGGAAUUAUAUGAAGUGGCUCAGAAAAUUAGCGGUGGUUUGAGUCAGUAUCAUGGACUUGAAGGAUUUUUUAUUAUGGGACUUGAAUCUAAGCAAGUACUACCAGAUCCUUUCCCUGCACGUACUUCCCAUGAGAAUAUAAAAGAAAGUGGAAUUCUUUUGACAGGUGAUGGACAAUGGAGGCCAAAUAGUAGCCUAAGUGAAUGUGCUCAGGAUUCCCUAGUUAAUACUGUACUAAAUGAGGUUCAAAGCCGACCUUCAAGCAGUCUUGGGAAUCAAAAUAUGACACCCCGGUUUAGAGCAUUUUCUGUGUCAUCAGCUGGUAAUGCCAUUACUACUCCAAGAAGUAUCUCAAGAAAUAUGCACUGUUCCUCCCCUUAUGGAUAUAGUAGCAGAUAUCAGUCGGUUCCACAGACUUCUGGACCCAGUAGUGCAGCUGUAAGGCCAUUAUCCAGAGCUACUGUUGAGAUUUCUGAAAUAGAAUUGGUUGAUUUAUUUGACACAGACCACCAUCAAUAUGAAGAUGUUGCUGAUCAGGAAACCUUGGCUGGCUUAGAGGAGGAGCUAAAGAUCCUAAAAAAUCAGAAUGGUUCCUACAGCAAGUUACCAAGGACAGAUGAAAUGGCCAGUGAUUUUCACCAUGUAACAGGAGCAGUCAGAAACAUGGCGGUUUCUGCAAGUUCUUCAAGAAACACUAGGCAAUCUCAUACUGUGCGUUCAUCUCUGAAAAGCUGGGAUGGCAAAGGUCAGACAGAUAAUGAGGAAGACAUAUGGGACAAACAGACUAUACUGUUACUACCCUGACCUACCACUAACAUCUGAGAGAGAAUUCUGGCUUUCUCUGCCAUUCUUUUCUCGUUUCAGCCAAAUCAAACAGUGGGUAUCCAAACAAUCACAAUAAAAUUUAGCAGCUCAGAUUUUGCUGAUGUGUUUCUGUAAUGUUGCUGACAAUAGUGACAAAACUAUGCUUAAAUAGUUCUUUGUUUUAAACAGGUAUAUUAAGUAUCAGCAUGUCACGUUAUAUUUCAUCUUCAGUAAUUACACAGCAUUAAAUGACAAGUAUAAUGUAAGUAGUUAAGUUUAACUGCUUGGUUUACAGUUCAUUCCUGGCAUAUCUUGAAUGCUUGCAUGCAUUUUAUUUAUUGCACAGCUAUCAACAGUGAAAUGACUGCACUGCUUUGCACAGUUUUAUAUUUAUAAAAACUGAGAUUGUAAUUGUAAUUUUAAAGUAUGAUGUAUGCAACGUUUGACUGCAUUCUUGUUAUUAAAAUAACCGUGGGCAUCUA